AUGAAAUCACCAUCCUCCUACUUAAGCUCCAUGAAGAUCAAAGCUCUAAUCCAAACCCUAAUCUACACUCAGGCUUGUCGUCUCAUUCGAGCAUUCUCGAAAGCAAAAUCCAUUGUCAUUCAUAUUUACAAACAGAACAUCCCCAUUCAAUUUCUCAUUUCCAACUCAUCCAAAAAGAAGUACAAGCACAAGAAGUUCUUCUUCGGUUCAUUUAGGCUGCACAUUAAUUGGUGCUCUUCUCAUGUCACACCCGUUCCAGCACCUGUUCUCCAAGGCUGUUGUAAUUCGACCUCGAAUUUCGGUCAAGAGGAGACUGUGGAGUCCGAGCUUUCAGGGUACCUUCAAUGGCUUGAAGAAAACAAGGUUAAUGAAGAACCUAAAGGUGAGACGGAUAUCAACGAGAUUGAUGAGUUAGCAGAAAUGUUCAUCGCUAAUUGUCACGAAAAGUUUAUGUUGGAGAAGCAGGAGUCUUACAGGAGAUUCCAGGAGAUGAUGGCGAGAAGUAUGUGA